CAGGACCUGUUAGUGAUGGGAAAGAAUGGGGUGAGGGAGGGGCCCCAGGAAAAGGCCAGGAUGAGCCCCAUCUUGUCCCUCCCUAUUCUUGCCUCACCCUCUGCAAAUGUGAUAGACAUUGGCACCUGAUGCAUUGCUGCCUCACCUUUCUGUUUCCCCAGGCCUCUGAAGGCCCCCAGCCCUACCUGCUCCUAGCUGGCCCCGCAGGAGAAGAAGGAUGUCAGUCUGCUACCGGCCCCCUGGGAAUGAGACACUGCUGAGCUGGAAGGCCUCACGGACCACUGGAACGGCCUUUCUAUUGCUGGCGGCGCUGCUGGGGCUGCCCGGUAAUGGCUUCGUAGUGUGGAGUCUGGCUGGCUGGCGGCCCGCACGUGGGCGACCACUGGCGGCCACGCUAGUACUGCACCUGGCACUGGCCGAUGGCUCGGUCCUGCUACUCACACCGCUCUUCGUAGCCUUCCUGACCGGGCAAGCCUGGCCGCUGGGCCAGGCGGGCUGCAAGGCUGUGUACUACGUGUGCGCCCUCAGCAUGUACGCCAGUGUGCUGCUCACCGGCCUGCUCAGCCUGCAGCGUUGCCUCGCCGUCACCCGCCCCUUCCUGGCACCCCGGUUGCGCAGCCCGGCUCUGGCCCGUCGCCUACUGCUGGCAGUCUGGCUGGCCGCCUUGUUGCUUGCUGUCCCGGCCGCUGUCUACCGCCAUCUCUGGGGGGACCGCGUUUGCCAGCUGUGCCACCCGUCGCCCGCCCACGCCGCCGCCCACCUGAGCCUGGAGACUCUGACCGCCUUUGUGCUUCCUUUUGGGCUAGUGCUUGGCUGUUACAGCGUGACGCUGGCGCGGUUGAGGGGCGCCCGCUGGGGGUCUGGGAAGCAGGGGUCGAGGGUGGGCCGGCUGGUGAGCGCCAUCGUGCUCGCCUUCGGCUUGCUCUGGGCUCCCUACCACGCAGUCAACCUACUGCAAGCGGUGGCAGCACUCGCUCCACUAGAAGGUGCCUUGGCGAGGCUCGGCGGCGCGGGCCAGGCAGCGCGGGCUGGAACGACAGCCUUGGCCUUCUUCAGCUCUAGCGUCAACCCGGUGCUCUACGUCUUCACCGCUGGGGAUCUGCUGCCUCGGGCGGGUCCCCGGUUCCUCACACGGCUCUUCGAGGGCUCUGGAGAAGCCCGAGGGGGAAGUCGCUCUAGGGAGGGUACCAUGGAGUUACGAACUACUCCCCGGCUGCAAGUAGUGGGGCCGGGAAAGGGCAAUGGAGACCCAGGGGGUGGGGUGGAGAGGGGCAGUUAGGAAUGGGAUCCUUGACAUCAAACCCUACAACCAUGUCUGCUUUUCCCUACCACUUUUCAUCUUCCCUGAAACUCACUCCUCUGAGGCAUUUUGGGACCUUUUCCAACUAAUUUGGAUUCUGGCUGGGUAGGAUUAUUACAUACCUGGGGCAGGUCCAGAUUCCUCAAAACGGAGGGACUUUGAGGAUAAUGAUGGCCCUUAUUAAAAAAUGCUGUGUGCUUGCAAGUUGGCAUAUACCCAUGUGCCAGCAUUGCUUACUUGUUGCCAGUGACUUUAUUGUGAAAUACAUUGGGAAGUCAUUAGAUGAUGACUUAAGUGAGUUUCCCCUUUGGUGGUUAAUCCUGUGUGAGUUGUACUAAAGCCACAUAAUUCCCAGGUAGAUCAACCUUGCCAAGGCUGGAAGCAUCAGCCUUCAGUGGUGUCUUGUGCUGCUCUCCUCAGCCCAGGUGGCCUGGUUCCCCUAGGCCUACCCAUAGAACUACCUGGCAAAUGGAGAAAGAGCAAGAGAAGGUGUGGGAGUUUGGAUGGGAGAUGAGGAUGAGAUCCAUUCUUUGGACUCCUAACAAAGCUGCCUGGGGGAAGAAACUGUAUCUUCAAGGAGAAAGUAAAUCUGUGGGGUUUGAAAGGAA